UCCUGCUUUUGUGCAUGAAGCUACUGAAAAAGAGAGGAGUUGGUGGUGGAAAGCUUGCAAGCUCUGCUUUCCUCUAGACCAAAUUUCCAAAGCCAGAAAAAACAGUCUUAAGUGUUAAUUUGGAAGGCGGGAAGAGCUAAGUCUUGAGCCCAAGUCUCCAAGGUCUGCAAGUGAGAAGCCAGGCAGGAGCUCCACUUCCUCAUUUUGCAAACUAAAAGCCUGCAAUAGGAUUGCUGUCUACUCCCCGGCAAGAAUCAGCCAAGUGGUAGAUCUAUAGCUUUGGCAUGGCAGAUAAUGCUGUUCUGGCUUCCCCUGAGAGAAAAUGGAAUUUUCCACUCUUGGUUUUCUUCGAAGAUGUUAGGAGUGUCUUCAAAUUGGAUGAUCUUGGCUUGGAGAUCUUGCGCAUUGCAUUUCCUGCAGCUCUUGCAUUGGCUGCUGACCCCAUUGCUUCUCUGAUUGAUACAGCAUUUAUUGGCCAUCUGGGUCCAGUAGAAAUUGCAGCUGUUGGUGUUGCAAUUGCUAUUUUCAAUCAAGUGUCAAAGGUAGCCAUAUUCCCGAUAGUUAAUAUUACAACCUCCUUUGUUGCUGAGGAAGACACAGUCAAAAGAAUAGCUGAUGAAUCGCAAGCCAAUGACUUGGAGAAAGGUUCAGUAAAGAUCAAUGAAACAGAAGAACAGACGCCAGAAGAUGCUAAGGUGGAGAAGUUGGAUACUUCAGGCCCUGAGAAUGAACCAAAGGAGUUCGAGAAGGAAUGUGAUUUUAAAACAGCUUCAUGCAAAUCUUCACCUGUAACUAAAAAAUCUGCUGCUGAGGGAAAACACAAACCUGAGAGGCGACAUAUCCCUUCAGCAUCAACUGCGCUGGUUGUUGGUGGUGUGCUUGGCCUUCUCCAAACAGUGUUGCUUAUAUUUCUGGCAAAACCCAUCCUUGGAUUCAUGGGAGUGAAAUCUGGAUCUCCAAUGCUGGCCCCAGCACAGAAGUAUCUAACACUGAGGGCACUUGGUUCUCCUGCUGUUGCACUUUCUUUGGCCAUGCAAGGCGUCUUUCGAGGUUUCAAGGAUACUAAAACUCCUCUGUACGCCACUGGUAAUGCAUUCCUUCAAUGA